AACUUGCAGCUCAAGACUCGUUCUCACACGCAACACUCGGCUGUCUCCACGCUGGGAGCAAUAGACAUGGGUAACAACGGUAACGUCAGACCUCUUUUUUACUGAGCGGUCAUCUUGUAAAGAUCCAUCACAAACCCUCGUCAAACUUUUAUGACCAUCUCCUCCGCGCAGGGAAUCCGAACAACUGAAAAAAUUACACGUUAACCUAAAUAACGUCUCAAUCCGAACGAAAGGACCAGAGAAUUUGGACAGCGACUCGAGGUUAUCGCGCAGCCGACGGUAUAGCAGUGGGAAGAGGGGGAGAGAACCUGACCCGCACCGCUUGUAACCUAAGGGUGUUACUUUCUCUCUUUUCAUUUACUUUUUUUAAAGAGAAGAAACGGAAGGAUCGUCGCAUCACACAUUUGCAUGCCGUUUUCAGUACUAAAAACAAAUUUCAAAAGCUCCGACACUGUUCAAACAAACUAAAAGUAAGAACCCCUUAGGAGUUUAUUUUUGACCGACGGACUUGAGGAAACAGCAAGCGCACCUGAAAGCAAACACUUAAACAAGAGCUCCCAGCUGCUGUCUAGAAACACAAAAAGAAGAAAAAGUAUCUGCAUCCGUCUUCAAAACUUUUUUUUCUUUUCUGCCUGUCUCUCGGUGGUCAAAACGGACUGAAAUCCAUCGGACAGGAGUUUCUUUAAUGAAAUUCUGUAAAAGAAACAUACUGUACCACGUACGCGAGUCAAUUAAGAUUUAAAGCUGCGAAGAGAAAAAAAACAAGGGGAUUUUGGGAAGCACUUGAAAAAGAAGGCAAACAUGUAACAUGUACGGAAAAAAAAACAAGUUAAAAACAAGAAAAACAAAAGAGGGGAUGGAAAACGUAAACGAGCGUUACAUUCGUCUUCUGUAAAAUAUUCAGAAGCCAAAAGGGAGAAUCUAAAAUGAAAAUGGUUGAAGCAUGGGAUGUAAGAAAGCCAACCCAAGCAGAAAUGAAUUUUCACAACUUAGAAGACGUAGCCCCGCGGAAAGAAGGAAAGAACCUGACCUUCCUCAAGUGAAGACCCUAAGUGCAGGGUGUAAUAAGCGGCGCUAUUUGCAGUGUUGUUGGAGGAGGUGGACAGUGAAGCAGAGACAGAUAGUUUGAGAGUGAAGCAGCUAAUUGCUGAGUCCAUCCCUCAUUUCCAUAUCCUGUGUGUGUCCGCUGGACCUCAGCCAAUCCCCCACUCACACCACCAUUAAUCGCAAUGCAUUAUUCACUAUCAUAAUUAUAUACCGACAUGCGCAAUCCACACAACAGCAACACCAGCUAAUUUCCGUAAUUUUGCAACUCGACUAUUUGUGAACAUUUUUUUUAUUUGCUCGCUGCUGAUGUAUCUGCAAAAGCAGAAACAACUCGCAGCUUACCAACAGCAUGUCGCGCCGCAAGCAAGCGAAGCCACAGCAUCUCAAAUCGGACGAAGAGCCAACACUAGCUGAGGUAGUUUCUGAAAAUGCUCCAGGAGAAGGAGUGGAUGAUGCUGACAGCGGGAAUGAAAGCCGAAGUGGCAGCGAAGAGACUCACGUCUGUGAAAAGUGCUGCGCUGAAUUUUUCAAGUGGACAGACUUCCUGGAGCACCAGAAGAACUGCACCAAGAACCCUCUGGUGCUUAUCGUGAAUGAGGACGAAACAGCACCUGAUACCCAAGAAUACCCCACUGAACCUUCACCAGCCCCCAGCUGCCCCAGUGACCCAGCUGAAAGUGAGGACGCUGAGGAGAGCAGCGUGCCGAUAGAAGGCAAUGAGAGCUCAGAGGUAGCAAAGACAGGCACGGAGAAGGAGGACGAGCCCAUGGAGGUAGAACAAUCUCCCGAUAAAGCAGUUGAACCCGAGCCAGCUGCAUCAGAUCCCACCGUUUCUCUACCUCAGAUCCCCAAUCAAUCUUCCAUGACAAACUAUAACAUGCCAAACACUAACGUAACUUUAGAGACUUUACACAGCACGAGGGUAGCAGUGGCACAGUUCUCGCAAAACUCCCGAACUGGCACCAGCCCUGGAAUGACCACUAUGGCUAUCCCAAUGAUCCUGGACCAGCUGAUGGCCCUUCAGCAGCAGCAGAUUCACCAGCUGCAGCUGAUCGAGCAGAUCCGCAGUCAGGUGGCCAUGAUGAAUCGACAACCCAUGCAGCCAGCUCUGAACCCAGCUGCAGCUUCCCAGGGCCCACCUUCGGGUGCAGCCACCAACCAGCUCCAGCUCCAGGGAUUCAUUGCACCGCAGGUUCAUCAGCUACCAGCCGCGGUACCUUCUGCCGUAAAUGGACAAGCCUCGAGCUCGCUGCCAUCUACAUUGGAGGGACCUCAACAACACGUUUCACAGCCUGUCUGUGGGCCAGCCAAUCCAGGAAUACCCAGCACCGCUCCUGUCCCAGCUGAGUCCAGCCUUCCCACAUCAAGCUGCAAUGUGGUGUCAUCUUUAAUGCCUCACUGCACUAUUGCUAACACGAGUAACAGCUGCACCCAGCCGCAAAACACUUCAGCCUCUACAUCAGUAGGACACACAAGCCUCCUUAGUCCGUCUUCAAACCUGCCACUACUACCUCAAAGCUCUUCAAGUAGUGUCAUCUUUCCCAACCCCCUCGUAAGCAUUGCAGCAACCGCAAAUGCCCUGGAUCCGCUCUCUGCCCUAAUGAAGCACCGCAAGGGGAAGCCGCCCAACGUGUCAGUGUUUGACACAAAGCCCAGCUCAGAAGACCCUUUUUUUAAGCAUAAGUGCAGGUUCUGUGCUAAAGUCUUUGGGAGUGACAGUGCUCUGCAGAUUCAUCUACGCUCUCAUACUGGAGAGAGGCCCUUCAAAUGUAACAUCUGUGGAAACCGCUUUUCAACAAAAGGAAAUUUGAAGGUUCACUUCCAGAGGCAUAAGGAAAAGUACCCUCACAUCCAAAUGAACCCUUAUCCAGUCCCAGAAUACCUCGAUAAUGUACCCACAAGCUCGGGCAUCCCUUAUGGGAUGUCUCUUCCUCCUGAAAAGCCAGUGACAACGUGGCUCGACAGCAAGCCUGUGUUACCGACAGUGUCCACUUCUGUUGGGCUCCAGCUUCCCCCUACACUCCCUAGUAUGGGCACUUACAGUGAUUCUCCAAGUAUUACUCCCUUAAGCAGGUCACCACAAAGGCCCUCUCCUGCUUCCAGUGAAUGUGCAUCUUUAUCUCCCAAUCUUAACAAUAGCGAAGCCAGUGUUCCAGUGUCUUCAGAGUCUCCCCAGCCCAACAUUGGCAGUGACGCACCACCUGUCUUGAAACCAGAGGGGAUUCACCUGCCCCCAAACUGUUCUAUAAGACCAGGUGACAGCUCCACCACUGUGAGUCAAUCCAUCUCUUCAGCUUCCAUCACUACUACAACCGCUGCUACCACAGCACUGGUCAUGGAGCCUGGCACACCCACCUCCACUGUCUCCAACCCCCUACUUCCAAUGAUUUCAGAUCAGUUCAAAGCAAAGUUUCCAUUUGGCGGCCUGCUAGACUCUAUGCAAACUUCAGAGACUUCUAAGCUGCAGCAACUGGUGGAGAAUAUUGACAAAAAAAUGACGGACCCCAACCAGUGUGUCAUUUGUCACCGAGUGCUCAGCUGUCAGAGUGCUUUGAAGAUGCACUACCGUAUACACACAGGAGAGAGGCCCUUCAAAUGCAAGAUCUGUGGCAGGGCAUUCACCACAAAAGGCAACCUGAAGACACACUUUGGAGUCCACAGAGCCAAGCCUCCUCUUCGGGUGCAGCACUCGUGUCCCAUCUGCCAGAAGAAAUUCACCAACGCUGUUGUCCUGCAGCAGCACAUCCGUAUGCACAUGGGGGGGCAGAUCCCAAACACACCUUUGCCCGAGGGCUUCCAGGACAGCAUGGACACUGACCUCUCGUUUGACGAAAAGAGCAUUGAUGCCAUGAGCAGCUAUGAUGAUGAUCUUAUGGAUGAAAACUCCAUGGAAGAAGAAGGAGAACUCAAGGAAGGAGAGAUUGACCCUUCCAAACCAUUGAUCUCUUACUCUGGCUUGUCCCCUAACUCACCUCCAUCUGUGAUUUCCAGCAUCGCCGCACUGGAAAACCAAAUGAAAAUGAUUGACUCCUCCUUAAGCAUGCACCAUUCCUUUGGACUGAAGCCGGUUGAGAAUGGGUGCGCAGAGAGCGAUCACCUGACUAAUGACUCUUCAUCAGCUAUAGGAGACCUCGAGAGCCAGAGUGCAGGGAGCCCAGCAAUGUCUGAAUCAUCCAACUCCAUGCAAGCCCUGUCCCCUGCUCACAGCAACACAGAAAGCCAUCGCUCCAAGUCCCCAGGCAUCAACAAUCCAGAAGAGCUGCAUGAGGUAGUAGCAACGGUGAAGUCGGAAAAAUCAGAUACUCCAUCACCCGCACCUGAGAAUGGAGGGGCAUUGGAUCUGACCGCCACCCAACCUGGCAGGCCCAUCAUCAAAGAGGAGACUCCAUUUAGCAUGCUGUUCCUGAGCAGAGAACGCGGUCCAAGCCAAAGUACCCCUAGCCUGGUUACCAGCACAGCGCCCAGCAUGAUCAAAAUUGAAGUGAACGGGCACAGCAAGCCGAUCUCCAUAAGUGAGGGCCCACACCUUCCGGUUGGUAUCCAGGUCCCUGCAGCGCCUCAGACGGCGAUGAGUCCUGGGAUCAACCCCAUGCUGGCACCGCCUCCCCCACGCCGGACCCCCAAGCAGCACAACUGCCACUCCUGCGGGAAGAACUUCUCCUCAGCCAGCGCCCUGCAGAUCCAUGAGCGUACCCACACGGGUGAAAAACCCUUUGGUUGCACAAUCUGUGGUAGAGCUUUUACCACUAAAGGAAAUCUCAAGGUUCACAUGGGGACCCACAUGUGGAACAACGCUCCAGCCAGACGGGGGCGCAGGCUGUCCGUGGAGAACCCCAUGGCCUUGCUUGGGGGCGAUGCCAUGAAGUUCACCGAGAUGUUUCAGAAGGAUCUGGCCGCCCGGGCCAUGAACGUCGACCCCAGUUUCUGGAACCAGUACGCCGCAGCUAUCACUAACGGGCUGGCCAUGAAGAACAAUGAAAUCUCGGUCAUACAAAAUGGAGGGAUCCCCCAGCUACCAGUCAGUUUGGGAGGAAGUGGUAUUCCAUCGUUAAACAACUUGUCAGGUGGAAUGGACAGGGCCCAUGCUGGCAGCAGCCCCCCCAUGACUGGUCUGGAGAAGACAAGCAUGGAUGUUGGAGCGAAUCGCCCCUUUUCUAGGUUUAUUGAAGAUAACAAAGAGAUUGGUAUCAAUUGAAAGACUUGCCUUGAAUGCAAAAGGAACUGAGCGAUCAGUUCGAACUUUACCUUUAUGUACUAUAUUAUGUACAGAUUCCUUUUUUGGGGGAACUAUAGUGUUUGGUAUUUGUUAGAGAACUGGUCGACCUUACCUUGCUUUUGUUUCCUUGCUAUGUCGCUCACACCAAGAAAACUUUGUUUCUUGUUUGAGAUUCAGUUGUCUUGCAAAAUUUGCAUGGUACUUAACUUUGGUUUCUACCAGUAUGUUUGACACUUUUCGAGGGGGACAAAAAUUUAAAAUGCUUAAAGAUUUUCACAAUGGAGAGGAGAAACUCUCAUAUAUAUUCUGUUACACAGACAUGCACCAGUUUGUUCUUUGUGUGCAUUCGAAGAGACUAGCCAUGAUCUAGUGACUUUGCAGUGACUGUGUGCUCUACAACAAAGGGCCUUGAGUUUGUAAGAUUAAACUGCAUUGUUUUAGUGCUUGUCUAAUAUUUUUUUCUUCACAUGAAGUAGAAACUUGAACAAUGUUUGACAUAUUUUAAUCUUUACAUUUAGGUGCCCCAAUAUUGUCUUAUAUAAAUGUCCAGUGUCUUUAGUAUUUAUAAAAUUGAAAGAAAUGCGGGUAAAUGAAGUUAUAUUUAAUAACCCCAAUGGUUUUAUUGAUCCUUUUUCUAUACUGCAGACUACAAAUAGAUUUUUUUUUUCAAUAAAGGCAAAAACAAUGUCAUUUUAGCUUAACAAAACAAAAUCAUUGUUAAGUUUUGUUUGGAAGUCUAGCAUGAGAAUUGUGUGCCAUUUAUGGUACAUGUAAUAGAAGUUCAAAAACCUUUAGCUGCUAUUUUGAAAGUUGUACUAUUCCUAGACAACCUUUUUGGAGUUCAACUGUUGUCUUAAAGAAGAAUAAAAAAAUUACAGACAAAUCUUAAAGAAGCGUAUAAUGUAUGCGUAUUUUUAUUAAAUAUAGAGUUUAACCUAAAAGUCCAACUGUUUCGUCUGCACUUUUUAAUAGAAAAGGUUUGUCUGCAAUUUGUGUUUAUCCUUAACUCUCAAACAUUAUUUUAAUCACUUCAUAGUUUGUGCUUUUGUAACAAAAUUCAGUUUCAUCGAGUCAGUCGAUCCUUCAUGAACAGACUUUCUUGUCAGUUACAACGUGACAACCGCGCACCUCAUCAGAAGACGUUUUUUGUCCUCUGCAAACAACGUUUGACGUCUGUUGUAAAUUUGUCUCUUUCUGUCUAGGAGGAGGGUGUUGUGCAGGCUAGACAUAAAAAGGGAUGUUUUUUUCAAUUACGUGGGUGCUGCUUGUGAUGGAAAUGCACAGAAAAACAAUGGUUAUUAUAUGGAUUAAUUAAAUUUUUUUUAAAAAAUCACCCUCUGCUCAUUGCUGCUUUUUAACCCCGGAUUGCUGCAAAGCACAGUGCUCUUUGAUCAUCAGGACAUCACCUUGAGUGUGGUUCUUGUAUUAAAAAAAGUAAUCACGCUCAUAUUGACAGUUUUCACUCAGAGCUAUGAUGCUAGGGAGGGUGGGGCAUAUGUAAAACUUGAACUAACAGUGUGUGUUUUGUGUACUACCUCAUUUGUUUUUGCAUUAAGGCAUGGUGGGAUUUGAAGAUUGUGAAAACCUCCUGUGUAACACAAACUGUUCCAGUGAAUCAUUAUGUUGUGCAACAUUACCGAGCAGUUGUACCCCCCUUGUCCUUUUGAAAAAAUGAAGAAAACAGGAAAGACCCCCUUUUCCCCCGUGGGCAUUGAAAGAAAAAGUGAACUGGUCCUGGACAAUCAUUCUUACAAAUCCCACCUUCUUAUUGUAAGGAGAUAACUCCCUUCAGCCAUCGUGUAAUUUAAUUAAAAAAGUAUAUAUAAAAAGAGAACAAAACUGUUGGAGACUUUUAACAGCUGUAUAUUCUUACUGGGAGAGAACAACUUGAAACAGACUUGUCAGCGAUGCUACAUGUCAUCCCUGUGUACUUCUACUUUUUUUAUCAGCACCAGGUGUGGGAAGGAUUGCUAACUUAAGAAGGAAACUAAUCAAGGUGGCUCAAUGUUGCUGUGUGUUCAGCAGAUGAAUGUUGUUUCUUUUUAUUUAUCUGUCAUUUUUUUCCCUCGUGCUUUUAUUUUUGUUGAUUCUAUUAGUAUUUGGUACCAUGUAGUGUUAUUUCUGCUCCUCUGGAAUAUUAAGUUAAAAGAGCUGUAAAAGUACUGUAAAUAGGAUGGUUGCUGGAGGUGCAGUAAAGACUGAACCCAUUUUGUAUUCGGGGACUUGGCUUUUCCUCUCUGCAUGGUGAAGAGAGACACUAUUUUUAUACUGUGAUACCAUGGAGGGCUGGACAGCCACCUCGGACCAGCUGGGAAUUGAUACCUAGAUAAAAUAUUUUUUAUUAGUAUACCUUGUUGGCUUGACACAUCUACUGAUUGAAAUGGAUGUCUUAGUCUUAGGUUACUAUUUUUUUGUCAUAUGGAAUUGAAUAAAAUCCAGGAUGUAAUAUUA